AUGGGCUCCUCGGCCGGCUCCACCCCGACGGCGCGGCCCCCGCGGCAGGCGCGCGGCGGCCGCGGCGCGGGCGAGGCGCCGUCGACGCCGGUCUUCCUCAACGUCUACGACGUCACCCCCGCCAACGGCUACGCGCGCUGGCUCGGCCUCGGCGUCUACCACUCCGGCGUCCAAGUUCACGGCGUGGAGUACGCGUACGGGGCGCACGACGGCACCAGCAGCGGGAUCUUCGAGGUGGUGCCGCGGCGGUGCCCCGGGUACGCGUUCCGCGAGUCGGUGCUGGUGGGCACGACGGAGUUGACCCGCGCGGAGGUGCGCGCUCUCAUGGCGGAGCUCGCCGCCGACUUCCCGGGGGACGCCUACAACCUGGUGUCCCGCAACUGCAACCACUUCUGCGACGCCGCGUGCCGCCGCCUCGUCGCCCGUGCCCGCAUCCCGCGCUGGGUCAACCGCCUCGCCAAGAUCGGGGUCGUCUUCACCUGCGUCAUCCCGGGCAACGGCCGCGCCGUGCGCCGCAAGGGCGAGCGCCCCUCCGCCGCCGCAGCCGGCAUCCGCAGCCGCUCCGCGCGGCAGGAGGCCGCCCCCGCGCCGCCACGGCCCAGGGCGUUCUUCCGGUCCCUCUCCGUCGGCGGGCGCAGGAACCUGGCCGCGCCCCGGCCGCUCCCCACCUCCCCGCCCCCGCCGCAGCCGCAGCCGGCGCCCGCCUCGACAUCACCGUCGUCGGGGUCCACCACGUAACCGGCCGGCCCCAUUCCUCCGAUUUUUUUUCUUUUACAGUUUUACCCGAUUUUUUUUACUAGUACUCCACUAAACAACUCUGUGCAUAUUACUACCACUCCUUGGUGGCUUGGUUUUGAUUUGAACCUCUGAUAGUGGCUAGAACUAGUAAAGCAGCAAUUAGCCAAUUACCGCGGCCAAUUAGCCGGGCACUACUAAAUCGUGCCCGGCUCUACUGAUCAACUAGACUCUACUGGGCAUC